AUGUGUGGAAAGCGUUCCGGAGAGCUCCACGGACACUCCCCGAAGGAAGCAUCCAUUGGCGGACUGCCCGCAGCCUUGCCACAUCGCUGGAAUUGGGCGAUGAUGAUCUACAAUCGAGGUUCUGUUCCAAUCAGCAAGCCGGUCGGCUUCAUCAACGCUUUCGGCGUGUUACAAGGGUAUUACCAAUCUGAUAUCCUACGAAACGAAUCACCAUUUCGAAUCUCGUGGAUUGGCUCCUUCAACACGUUCGCCAUCUUCCUCUUCGCUGCCCCAGUCGGCAUUCUGGCUGACAAGAUUGGCCCAACAAUCCCAAUGAUCCUCGGAUCGGUCUUCUUACUUCUGGCUCUCUUCAUGAUCGCAUUAUGCAAGCAGUACUGGCAAUUCUUCCUUGCACAGGGUCUCCUCCUGGGUAUGGGCAUGAUCUUCCCUUGGGGUGUCAUCUGGCCAAUCGUCAUGGACCAGUUCUUCCUCAAGACCUCACUUGGAUUCGGUUGGUCCAUACGAAUAGUUGCUUUUAUGAUGAUUCCUCUUCGUGCCAUUGCCGUCUUGGCCACCAGGCUCCCGGCUACAUCCACCAAGUUGAAAGAAGGAACUCAAAUGGAAACCAGCGAGGAAGGACCUAUGAUGGAUAGGUCAUUCCUGAAGCAGCCGCCCUUUAUACUCUUGUGUGUCGGCCUGGCCCUGUGUUCCUUCGGAUUCUUUACGUCAUUCUUUUACACUUCCAGCUACGCCAUUACCCGUGGCAUGUCACAGGGGUUGUCGUUUUAUACGUUGGCUACUAUCAAUGCGGGGUCCGCAUUCGGUAAAGUAUUGCCUGGGUUCGUUGCUGAUCGCUGGGGAAAGUUCAACAUUCUGAGCUGCUCAGCUGCCGCAGCAAGUAUCGUCGCUUUCUGCUGGACAUCUGCUACUUCAACGGCAGGUAUCUUUGUUUGGGCAGGCAUUUAUGGAUUUGCUUCUGGAGGCAUUUUGAGCUUGGAGAUUGCUGCUGCCACCUCUCUGGCGCCGAAAGAUAAGGUCUCAACAGCUCUCGGCGUGUGUUUUGGCUCCACGGCAUUGGCGCAAUUAUUCGGUCCCCCAAUUAGCGGCCAAAUCUUGACACAUGGCUACACUCCAGUUUCCAUCUGGUGUGGGGCAGUGCUAAUUGCUGGAUUUGUCGCUCUCUUGGCAGCCCGACUGUGUCUGGACCACAGAGUUACGGCUAGGGACUAG